CAACAAAAAACAAAUAAACACCUUCAUCAUCAUCACAAUUUAUAUAUAAAAACUCAGAAUCCGAACGUUGCGAAGGAGAAAAAUAAAAUCCAGCAAAACCCAGAACAAAAAUACGAUUUUUUGAUUUCGAAAUCCGAAAAAUUAAGAAACAGGAAAAAUCAACCAUGUCCUGUUCAGUUGCCCUUUCUAAUUCCCCUGUUUUCUCUCCAUCUUCAUCUAUCUUCUGCAACAAAACAUCAAUCAUCUCUCCUUCCCAUGAAUCCCUGACCUUGAAAUUGCCAACCCACCUCAGGUCCGCCUCCUCAUCUUCUCCUGCUUCUCCUUCCGCUUCAUCUCCUUCAUCGCCCUUUCGUUUCCGUCUCCAGAAACCGCCGACUGGGCUCAUUUCUUCUUCACAGUCGCUAUCGCCUUCUUCGUCGUCCUCAGUGUCGGGUCAGUCGGCGGCGACGAUUUUAAAGAGGAAGCGGCCGGCGAGGCUGAAUAUUCCGGUGGCAUCGAUGAGUUUCGUGGCUCCGGUGACAACGCCGAUGGAGGGAAGAAGAGAGAUCGAGAGAGAGGGAGAUGGGUACUCUGUUUAUUGCAAGAGAGGGAGGAGAGAGGCCAUGGAAGACCGUUACUCUGCUGUUCUUAAUCUUCAAGGUGACCCUAAACAGGCCUUCUUUGGAGUUUUUGAUGGGCAUGGAGGUGCCAAGGCAGCUGAAUUCGCAGCUGGUAACUUAGAAAAGAACAUAUUAGAUGAAGUUGCAAAGAGGGAAGAAGAAGAAAUUGAAGAAGCAAUAAAACAUGGCUAUUUAAUCACAGACGGAGAGUUCUUAAAAGAGGACAUUCGUGGUGGAGCAUGUUGUGUCACCGCCUUGAUCCGGAACGGAAACCUCAUCGUCUCCAACGCCGGCGAUUGUCGCGCUGUAAUGAGCCGAGGAGGGGUCGCCGAGGCCUUAACUUCUGACCAUAAGCCCUCGAGGGAAGAUGAAAGAGCAAGAAUUGAGAACAUGGGUGGUUUUGUGGAUUUAUGUCAUGGUGUUUGGAGAAUUCAAGGGUCUCUAGCGGUGUCUAGAGGGAUCGGAGACAAACAUCUUAAACAGUGGGUAACUGCAGAACCAGAAUCCAAAAUCAUUAGCCUGAAAUCUGAACACGAAUUCUUGAUCUUAGCAUCUGAUGGAUUAUGGGAUAAGGUUAGUAACCAGGAAGCAGUCGACAUUGCUCGUCCUCUCUGCGUCGAAACUGAGAAACCAGCACCAUUAUUUGCUUGCAGAAAACUCGUCGAUCUCUCGGUUUCGCGAGGCUCGUGUGAUGAUAUUAGCGUCAUGUUGAUUCAGUUACUGCGAUAUUGUUGACCUAGAAUUAACCAGUGAUAAAGCUAAUAGAAAGAGUAGACUGGCGUUCCGUUUUCGGGAAAAUUUUUUCACCCGAAACGAAGAAUGCUGCAGCAGCUAAUUUAUUUAUUUAUUUAUUCAUUAAAUUCUUUUUCUUUUUUGUAUUCUUAAGUGAAUAAUAUACCAAUAAUCUAUUUUAACAA